AUGGAGAUGUUCGCAGCCUGCGUACUAUGGCUAAACGAAGGCGAAGCAUUGGCAGAUUCUGGAGAAAAUAGUUACGGGAGUGCCAUCUCACUGGGUAUGACAGUGCCAUUCCAUCGUCGCACUGACAUGCUUGGGUUUAUGGACAGCCCCGUAACGGUCGUCAAUGGUGCCGCGAUCGGAGAAGGGAUACGCAGUUCCGUGGCAGCUGGUUCUGGGUUAGACAGAGAUUGA